AUGCCUGGUGUUCCUCCUAACGCUAUCGACGCCCUGAAGAAGAUCGGCCGUUCUCUAUUUGGCCGCAAGAAGAAGAGCAAGACUCCCGUCGAAGAGACCACAGAGCACGGCGAGCAGUCAAACCAGACCCCUCCAGCUGCCCAUGACACCCCCGUCAACGUUCCAGCCGUCGCUGCUCCUCCUCCUCCUACAACCGAGAACACCACCACUCCAGCUCCACAAAUCGAGGAAUCCCGAGAAGUAGCACCAACAGCUGCACCCGCCGCGGAGACCAUAACCCCUGCGCCAGCGCCAGGUGUCGAUGUGCCAAAAGAAUCGCAACCAACAGCCCCCCAGCUUGAUGCACCCAAGAAGGAGGCUCCUAUUGGAGAAAUCGACCUGCCUUCAACAGAGGACAAGAAGACCGAAGAGGUUGCCGCUACCGCCCCAGCUGCUGCCGUUGUCGCACCUCCUGCCGAGAAAUAA